AUGAAUACAAAUGAAUUGGUCGAGUAUUAAUAAAAAGUAGAGGCAUAUAUAAAAGAGCACAAAAUGACUGACUUAUUUGAAAAUCUUACAAGAUUAUUAGUACUUUCAAAACCAUAGGAUCCUGUGACAUUCUUAAUAGAUAUUCUUGAAAAUAGAAGAGUGCAACGGCUUAUCCUAGUAACUGGUGUGGUUACUACAACAAGAUAAGAAAUAGUAGUAUCUCUUGCUAAUAUGUUCAAUUACAAAGUUAUAACAGUAGAGGAUCACUUUAAAUCUCAUUGGAUAAAUGAUGAUUAAGUAAAUCAAUUCAUUCUUGCAGAAUUAAAAAAAACUGAGAAACACUUCAGAGGAAUCAUAAUAUCUGGGUAUCCUAAUAAUAUCAAAUAAGCAUAUUAUUUAUAAUCAAUGGGAAUUAUACCAGAGAGGUAAAAAUAUGAAUUCAUUUUAGGCUAUUUUAUUUAGAGAGUGAUUUAGAUUUUUGUAGACAAUAUUAUGAAUAAAUAUCUUAAUCUUAAGAGGAAGUGACUAAGGCAUUAACUAGAGAUAGAUUGAAUAAGAAAGAUUUAGAAUAUAUCUAUGGAUCUUAUAUGGAUAUAUUUAAUACAUCAAAAAGGACUAAAGAAGAUAUUAUUGAAAAUAUCAAAUAGAUUAUUCGUUUGAGAGAUAGAAAGUUUCCUCCUCUUCGUUUUCCUAGGGUAGCAAUUAUACGCCCUCCUGGUUUAAAAGAAAGAGCAACUUAAUUAGCAUAAAUAUUUAGUAAAAGAUAUGGUUUAGUAUAACUUAUUACUUUUGAUAUGAUUCAAUAAUAAAUUCAUAAUAAAGGAGUUUUGGGUCCUUUAAUUUAUAAUACACUUCAAAAAGAAGAAGAAAUAUCUAAUGAUAUAAUCAAUAGUAUUGUAUAUACAGAAGUACUAUCAACAGAGGCUAGAACAAAGGGUUGGGUAUUAGAAGGAUUUCCUAAGAAUGACGCUUAAUUAAAGUUUUUGGAGGCAUAAAAUGUGAAUUUAUUUGUAGUUUUGAAUGAAGAUGAAGAUGUUUUAAUUAAUAAAUCAAAAUUAUUGAAAAUUGAUCCUGUUACUAAAAUAAAAUAUGAGAAAGUUCCAUUAAAUAAUAAACCAUUAUUAGAUAGAUUACAGAAUUUUUAAGUAAUUAUAUAAAUUAAUUUAGAUUAAUAAUGAAUAAUUAUUAAAAGAUAGAAUAACUAAAUAUUAGACAUUUGUAAAAUUGAUUGAAUAGAAAUUUGGUGAGAGAGUUUAAGUAUUCAAAUUAGAAAAGGAUUCAACUGAGAAUAUAAUUAGAGUAACAGAUGUAUUUUUGAAUAAUCCUAAAAUUUAUAAUUGA